AUGUCCUUUCUAUGCCAAGAGCGACAGCAACGAGGACCUUAUGUGACUAAGUCAUGUACAAAUUGCCAAAAAAAACACGCAAAAUGUACUGGAGGGGCAGUUUGUAAACGUUGUACACAACGUAAUCUUGAGUGUACUUUUAUCGAUUCGGGUAAAAAGCGAGGACCGAAAAAGAAUGAUAAACACUCAGAACAGGUCUAUGCUCUUAACGGUCCUGAAAAUGAUUUUGAUGGAACCUCUAUGCUAUCCUCCAGUCCUGAAAACGACUUUUAUGGAAUCUCUAUGCUAUCCUCUGGUCCUGCAAACGAUUUUGAUGAAACUUCUAUGCUAUCCUCUGGUUCUGGAAAUGAAUAUGAUGGAACCUUUAUGCUAUCCUCUGGUCCUGAAAAUGAAUUUGAUGGAAUCUCUAUGCUAUCCUCCGUGACCCCUAAUCCUGAACAAGGUCAUACAUCGACUUUAUUAUUUUCAUCAGGAAAUUUACAACGACAACUAGAUAAUUUUGACGAUUUUGCUCUUUAUCCUGACUUUUACGUUUCUCAAGAACUCAGCCCAUUUUCUUAUCAAACUUCUGAUAAUAAUAAUAUGUUACCAUUCCAAAAUUAA